AUGACAAUACAGACCCAGAACAUGUUAAAGCUCCACCUCCUAAUUUUGUUAUGUAUUUCCGCCACGUAUCCUCUAUUCAUUUUAAAAGAAGAAAACUUUGACCAUAUCUACAGCAACAAAAAUGAAAGUAUAAGGCAAAGGGAUGCCUGCGAUCGCGAAUCGAGGAGCCGAUUGCUGGGGGAAGACAACAAUGAAUUUUUUGAUAUCGGGAACCUGAAAAAGUUGUUAUAUUUUCAGUCCAACUUAGACCAAAGGAUAAAGAAAAAACGGAGAGAAGAAAAGAAGUUCAGAAAAUUAUACAAGGCUGCAAAAGCGGACAAUUUUGCUGAAACGAAUAGGAAUUCCCAAAAAGACACUCAACAGAAUGGAGCCCCUCCUGGAGAAAAAGGACAUGGUACGAAAGGUAAAAAUGACACGAACAGUGCAGGUGAAACAUAUCAGGAUGGGGCUGCCCAGAGAAAAGAAGACAACCCUGCAGAUAUGAAUCAACAAACGCAUGCUGCCGAACAAAUGAAGAAUGAAAAGGGAAGAAAAAAGGGAGAAAUACAGGAAGCACCUCCCCUUCAGACAACAGUAAGCGGUCCAGCAGAAAAAUUCAUAAACAAACACGACCAUGUAGAUAACACGAAAAAUAUUGAGAAGGAACAGAAGGAGGGAAAAGUCAAACAUGCUGAUAAUGCCCAACUGAGCAACGUCCUGCAGAGUGUGGAAUUUUUGAAAAAGGUGCAAUCGUUGAAGAGUUACUUCAGCUCCAGUGAAUCGCAAAGCAGGUCUUCGGGUGUACCGCCUGGUGAGCAGAACAAUUAUGCAGAUGCAGCCAAGAUAAAAAAUGAAAACGACCAAGUUGCACACCAGAGUGGAGAUACAAACUACGGAACGAACAACGAUGCAGCAGAAAAAUUCAACACACAUUUGAGAAGAAACAAAAUUAAAGAAUUUUUUGAAGUAAACGACUUGGUAAAAUAUAUGAAAAAUUUGCUAGGAAUAAAAUCAAACAUCCAUGAAAAAUUCGAGCAUGAAAAGCUGAUUGUAAAAAAUUGUAACUAUGAAUCCUUUGGUCCAGAAUUUUGCAGUGUUGAUGAAGAAGCCAAGAAGAUGUUAUACAAUUAUGAGCAUAAAAAAAAUUGUGCCUUUCUCUUUAUCAUAUUAUUUACCCUAUUUUUUAGCCUACUUAUACAGAAUAUAGUCUACUACAUAGAAAAGAGGGUUCGAAAUUCCAAAGACCAAUUCAGGAAGGACCUACUAAAUACCGCUUUUAGGCAGAUUUCGUUAAUUACCAUAAUUAACCUCACCAUAUGGGGGAUUCUGCAGUCGAACGUGGCGGAGGCGCUGGACGAAAUCAUUUUCAACGAUAUUCUACCGCGACAAAGAAAUGUUGACGAAGUUUUGCACAAUGUGGAACCCCUGCUGGAAACCAUAUUUGAGAAGAUACUUUUCAUCUCGAUGAAUUUUCUCAUAUGCUACUCCCUAUUUAUAAUUAACAUACAUUUUGUGACGAGGCGAAUAUUAAAAUGGUUUUCCGAAGCAGACAAUUGCGACAUUUCGAACAUAGUCAAGGAAAUGAAAGAGGCCCGGAGGGGGUGCUUCAGGAAUUUCUUCUUUUUCUUAAGAUAUGCAAGAAAUUCUAAGUAUUUAGCGCAUCGAUACGAUUUUUCCGAAAAUGUCGAUGCGAUAAGCAUUCCAGGAUUAGACCCGAACGGAUAUUACUACUAUGAGUACAUGAGAGCUUGCUUAUUGAAGUACAACGUCAAGUUAAUAAAAAUACCCAACGCCGUAAUCCUAUUUCUGGUGUUCGCGUGCAUUUCUCUAAGGCCCUUUUUUAACAUACGACUGAAGGCGGAGGUUAUUUUUCUGAACUUCCUCUCCCUCAUUUGCAUCGUGGGCUUGCUCCUGAUGUUCCUCUACCUGUACAAAAUAGACAGAAAGUUACUGCCAAGGGACAUUUCGAAGUACCUACUAAACAGAUAUCACAUCGAAACGUGCGAGCAGAGCAAAAAGGACAUCACUCCAUACUACAAAUUGUUGAAGCAGCAGUCUGUGUAUCCCUCAGCAAUAAACUACUUUCUGUACAAAACUACGUUCCCCAACAAGCAUGAGCAGCUGUUUAUUUUUUGGGGAAACGGCCCCCGCCUAAUUAACUUUAUCUUUCAAACCCUAUGCUUCUGCUUUCUAAUCAUCCUCUCCUGUUGGAUAUUUUUGCUACGAGUUGACAACAUAACGUGGUUCCAACUGUACAGUUAUGGGAGCUUGGCAAUAUGCGUGUGCAUCUUCCUCUUCUUGAUUAUUCUCAAGUAUAUCAUUUAUUACAACAUUAUGAUUAGCAAAACGGGGUAUUUAAUUGAUACGAAGCUGCUGGAGAAGGUGUGGGAAUUCGAAAGAUCGGACAACAUAAAGAGAAUAUCGGAAUUUAUUGACGCCAUAAAAAUAAAGUCCACGUUACAUGCCCUGAAAGAGGGUGGCGAAGUUUUCUGGAGGCAGCUCCUCAUUAAAUCAACCACAGUGCCGUCAAAUAUACAGGAGAAAAUGUUUAGCAUAUGGGUUGGCUUGGAUGAAGAGAACAGGGGAAUUAUAGACUCCGCGAAAAUUCUUAAAUUUUUAAAAUCGCAAGGAAUUAAUCUGACUUCGGAGAGCGACAUUAAGGAAUUCCUGGAAGUGUUCGACAGGAACAACAAAAAUGGCCUAAACCAGGAAGAGUUUUUUGUCCUCAUUAUUAUAGUCAAGCAAAUUUUGGUUGAACUGUUGGAUAUUAACGCCGUUCAGUCCCUGUUCGAAGAAGUGUAUGGAAUCCCAUGGAAUUCGCUAUCGUCCAUUGAUGCGAACAGCUUAAAAAGAAUCUUAACAGAGCUAAAUUUGCAAUGGCCACAUGGAAAAAUCCGCAAUUUGAUUGACUUUGUGUGCGAAAAUAAGAAGACAAAAUAUGUCAGUGCAGAAUAUUUCAUAAAGCAGCUGAUCAACAUCGAAGAAGUGACUUUGCAGCCCUUCCACGUAAUGAUAUCUAUGUGUGCUCUUCGCAGAAUCUGCAUAUGA